AUCGGGAAAUUUCUUGGCUCUCAUUGAUGUCUUGCCAGUCCUGACUAAUCGAUCGAGAUGCACGUUCCGUUGUUCUCCCUUGCGAAGGCUGAACUAGACAAUUUUGAGAAAUCGAUUCCAUUCGUCUACCUCAGGAAUUCGACUAUUUAUGCCUGUAUAAGAUUUCGCGCGAAAUUGACGACAGUUUCUGGUGCGGUCGUGUUUGUGACUGAAAAGCAAGGAGCUCAAACACAUUUUAUUGAUUUCUGAUAAUUUCAUAGUUUUUCACAAUGGGAAUUCAUGGACUUGCAAAGCUCAUUGCAGAUCACGCGCCUUCAGCUAUCAAGGAGCAAGACAUCAAAAACUACUUUGGCAGGAAAAUUGCUAUUGAUGCGUCCAUGUGCAUCUACCAGUUUUUAAUCGCGGUUAGACAGGACGGUAAUGUGUUGCAGAAUGAAGAUGGAGAGACCACUAGCCACCUCAUGGGAAUGUUCUACAGGACCAUCCGAAUGCUGGAGAGUGGCAUCAAGCCAGUUUAUGUGUUUGAUGGGAAGCCACCUCAGCUGAAGUCAGGAGAGGUGCGUCAGAAACACACAGUCACUCUAAUGCAGGG